AUGGAGCAUCUGGUCGGUCCGCAGCCUAAGCCGCAGGAUAAGGACGAUGAUGGAGAUGAAAUGGGUGAGGAAGAGAGAGUAGAAGAUUUGCUUGUUGUUGAUGACGUUAUAAGUGAAGAGCUCGUUUGGAGGGAAGAUCUCGUCGAUUUAUUUCUCGACGAAGAGGAGGACGAUAAGGUUGAAGAGGUAGCAGGUUUGGUUGUUGUUAAUGAUAUUGUGAGGGAAGAGCUUGUCGAAGCAUUUUUGAGUGCUGAGGAGGAGGAGGAGGAGAAGGAGGAAGUGGAGGAAGAAGACGAAAUUUUCGCUGGUGUUGUUGUAAAUGGCUUUUGCACGUUAGCAAUUGUAAUUCCAAAUAUUGAUACAUAG